CCCAGGAGGCAGACACAAACCAUUGCCCUCCAAUCUGGUUGUGUUUCCAUGAGCACUAAAGCAACCUCCCCUCCCACCCCACAAGGAGAGAGGAGCUCGUGAGGAGACUGUGAUGGAGCCCUGGGCCCCUGCCCCUGCCCGGCCACCCCAGCCCUGGGAGAGGCAGGCAGCCCGCGGGGCGCGGGGGGAGGCCUCGCAUGGGCCCCAGCCCAGGCGGCAGCUCAUCCGCACCGGGCACCCACCUCGGCCUGGCUCCUGGGAUGGGAGCUACCUCUCCGGCCACCAGCCCUGGGAAGAGGGCCACCCCCCCCGAAGGGACAUCCACAAACAGGCUUCCCGGAGCAGCUACCACGAAAGCAGUUACCCCAGCAGGCAAGGAUACGAAGAUCCUCACUGGCAGUACCCAGCAGACAGUUAUGGCAAUGACUACACCUACCAAAGCCACCAGUGGCAACCAGGGGCCUGGCAGGAUGACAGAGACCCAAGGCAGGGAGAGCACUAUGGCAAGAGUGCCAGUUAUCGGGACCAGCACUACUACAGGGGCUACCACCCCAACCUGGCCUCCAACCCCCCAGGGCAAGAGAGGACUCAGACCUCUGACUCCCACAAGGAGAGACACAGCUCAGCUGGCCGGUCUGAGUGGGCUGGGGGAGAAACCCUCAGCCAGGAUUCGAGGGAAGCAAGUGGCCUGCCUCAAGAGUCCUUGGGCCAGCCCAGUCUGCUCCUGCAGUACCACGAGUCAGGGCUCAGCUCCAGCAGCUAUGAGCUCAGCCAGUACAUCCGUGAUGGUUCUGACCACUAUGACCCCACGCUUUCAGGGACCUGGAGCCCAGCACAAGCAGGAGGGCAUUCGGUGUCUGCUCUGGCCCCAGUGGUCCCUCCCAAGUUCUGGCGGCCACACGUGGCGGUGUGCUUUGGAGCGGCAGGGCAGCUGGUGCUGGUGUGUCCCCACCAGCCUGCCGAGGGGCAGCCAGCCUAUGUCGAGCUACACAGCCUGGAGGCAAGACUUCAUGACACAAAGGAGCUGCAGGAGCUGCAAGCAUUCCCAGGACCCCUGUCCAGGGAAGAUCUGCACAAGGUGGAUGUGAUGACAUUUUGCCAGCAGAAGAUAGCCAGGAGCUGUGAUCUCUCGACACAGAAAGGCAGAGAUUCAGCUCUUCUCUGGAAGCUCCUGCUCCUCCUCUGCCGGCAGAAUGGGUCCAUGGUGGGCUCAGAUACAGCCGAGCUGUUGAUGCAAGACUGCAGGCAUGAGGAGAGGUACAGGAGGCAGGAGCCUGCAGCAAACCUGAUCGGGCUAACAGAUGACGAGCUGAUAUCGCGGCAGCCAGGGACGCUGGACCUCAUCACAGGGGAGGUCCCUCCGGUCGUGGAGACGCAGGAGCAGAUAGUGGAGAAGUUCACCAAACUGCUCUACUAUGGCAGGAAGAAAGAUGCUCUAGUCUGGGCCAUGAGAAACCAUCUGUGGGGCCAUGCCCUCUUCCUUUCCAGCAAGAUGGACCCUCGGACCUAUAGCUGGGUGCUCACUGGGUUCACCAGCACACUGGCCACCAAUGACCCACUGCAGACCCUCUUCCAGCUCAUGUCAGGAAAGAUCCCUCAGGCAGCACUGUGCUGUGGUGAUGCCACCUGGGGAGACUGGAGGCCCCACCUGGCCGUGAUGCUGUCCAACAAGGUUGGAGAUGUGGAGCUGAACAACAGAGCCAUUGUCACCAUGGGAGACACUUUGGCUGGCAAGGGAGCAGUUGAAGCAGCUCAUUUCUGCUACCUGAUGGCAGAUGUUCCUUUUGGUUACUUUGGGUCAAAGGUGGACCGCAUGGCUCUGCUGGGCAGCAGCCACCGACAGACAUUUGCCCAGUUUGCCAGGACAGAGGCCAUCCAGCGGAUGGAGAUCUUUGAGUACUGCCAGCGCCUGCAACAGCCCAAAUCCUUCCUGCUCCCCUUCCAGGUGUACAAGCUCCUCUACGCCUCUUGCUUGGCUGGCCACGGUCUCCCAGGCCAGGCCCUGCAAUACUGUGAGCAGAUUGCCACUGUGCUUCUGGGCCAGGACCCGGCCAGCCACCCUGUCCUGGCCCAGCAAGUGAUAAAGCUAUCUGAGCGGCUGAAACUCUCAGACCCACUGCUCCUGGAGAUGCCAGAGCAGGACCAGACACUGGAGCCUGACUGGCUGCUACAGCUCCGAGCCCACUGCCAGGAGCGGAAGGUAGAAGAUGACCUUUCUGAGGAGGCAGCACCCGCUCAGCUAGAGCUCUCCUGGACUGCUACAUCAACAGCAGAUGAAGAGCCUGGCCAAGAGCUUCCACAGACUGAAGGCUACCAGUAUGACCAAUGGUAUGAGCCCAUGCCACUCCAGGGACCCAGCUCCCGUCAGGAUGCGUCUCUCCGGCCCCCAGCACUCACUCAGGUGACAGCAUCACCGCUGCUUGGUGCAGAGCAAGAGCUGCAGCCCCCAGCAGGUGGCUCAGAGAAGGCCACCCCUCCAGGAGGUGUUUUUGUCGAGCCCCGGCCGCAGGUGGUGCCACCAGCAGGUAAGACAGCAGAGCCCUGGGGUGUGCCAGCAUCCUCUGAUGGUGUGCAGCCACCCCUGCCAGCAGAGCAGGAGGCGGUAAAGGCAAGGGCUCGGACCACCUCAGAGAGCUCCACCAUCUCCUUGGACAGCCGCCCAUCCUCGGAGAGCGCAGCCGAAGACACUGCUGAAGAUCCAGCAGCAGAGGGGAAGCCAGAUGAGGACAAGAGCUCUGGAUUCAGGUGGUUUGGCUGGUUUCGGUCGAAGCCCACCAAAGAAACCCCUCCCACAGCUGCAUCUGAGACAGCUCCAGACUCCUCCACUGCAGGACAACAGGAGUGGAUGCCCCCAGCCCCACCUGAUGCCCCUCUGGCCGCUGCGACAAGCCCUUCGGCUCCUCUUCCCCCCAGAAACCUCGGAGGAAUGGAAGGUGAAAAUCUCUUUGCUGUUAACCCAGUGCCCACUGAGGUGAGAGAUUCUUGGGAAGAGGAUGGUGAGGAGCCAGGAGGGCAGGUGGGAAGGGAGGCCAGCUUCCACAGACCUCCACCACCGGUGGGGGCAAUCCCCCUCUUCAACCCUGUCCAGGUCUCUCAGCUCGCUGCCACUGCUCGACCCACCCAACCCAAGAGGCUUUCCCAGCGCCGCUACCCCAAUGCCUUGUGAGCAGAAAGCCAGGGAGGGGG